AGCUCGCUCUGCGGGUGAGUCACGCCCCCAAGCGACUCGUCGUCUCCUGCACGCGCGACACAGAGCGGCUCUCUGGUGUUCAGUGUGGAGAGCAGUGCAGUCUGAGAGCAGGUCGAGCAGUGAAAAUGUCUGGGUUGCGUUUACGGAGCUCUGAGCACUCUCUGAAAUGCUGGAAUGCUGAGGAAUACUGGAAUACCAAGACGUGUGUGCGAUGUGAGACAAAGUUUAGCAUUAAAGCGGGCUAUGAGUUCACUGCAAACUGCGGCCUGUCAGAUGACGGCGGAAGGCAUGAAGGAGUAUACAGAGAGUGCGCACAGGGAACCUUCAAUGAUGGGACUUUUGUUCGGUGCAAAGUAUGCUCCACUUGCCAGGCAUCAGAAUUAUUGUCUGCUUGCACAACUAUGUCUGAUAGUCGCUGCUGCGGAAAAGGGCAGCAUGAAUGCAAAGAUCCCAGCCAACCUACUACAGCAGGAAGCACAGCAGGUACAACAACUGAAAAACCAACAACUUCAACCAUGACAACCAGUAAAACUGCUUUCAAAAAACUAUUCCCAGUAACCACUUCAGCCAAGACCAACGAAACAGCUCCAACAAAGACCACCCAAACACUUUCGGCAAAGAUCAUCCAAACAUUUCCAACUAAGGUCACCCAGAUGUUUCCAGCACAGGCCACGCAAUUGCUUCCAACAACUCCCGGGAACAUCCAUGAUCCAUGGCUUGUACCGGUUGCAGUUACUUUUAUCAUCCUGCUGUUUGCUGGCUUGUGGAUUGUGAUUCACAUUCUAAAGAAAAGAAACUGCAGAGAGAUAAAAAGACGCUUUAGUGACAAAAGAAAUCACAUCCAUCUGGAAGGCAGCAACGAACGUUUGAAGGCAGAAAGCACCAAGGACCUGCUGGAUAUAAACAACCUUUUGUCCCAGGAAAUCCAGGCUGCUCCACUCCAGUCAGUGCUGAAUAAUCUGGAUGUGGUGGAUGAACUUGUGCUAUUGCUGGACCCGGACACCCCUGGAGCGAAGAACACACGGCACCUUGCUGCAAACUGUUCAAUCCCCUUCACCUGGAUCAACUAUGCCUACUCAAUGAAAGAGAGCAAAAGUCCUCUGGUCGCUAUGCUGGAAAAGGUCAUUGCCAAAAACCCGAACUGGAACGUAGGUCACUUAGCUGGUUUACUAAACAACAUUGAGCGGAACGAUGCUGUGGCUGUACUCGCAAAGAUCACUUUAACUGAGGAGGAAGUGUAGUUCAGAUUUGGUGCAAAAAAAAAAGUUUUAAAGCUGUAAACAUAUUAACACUCUAGUAGUACUAUGUUUAAUUAUACACUGACAUGCCCAAAAAUCAAGUCAUGGGAAAGCUUGAGAGUGUCCACACAUUUAUAAGUUUAAUAAGUGAAAUGUUAUCUUGUGAGUGAGGUUGAACCCUGGCCAACAUGCUCAUGGCAAGGCCACAUGAAUUAUUAAAGUAAGGCCUUAUGAUGGUUGCAAGAUAUUAAUGAAAGCAAUGCUCGACUUACAGUUCCAUGUGUGUACUGGAGAUGCAUUACAGAAGGCAUUAGGACCAGUAGCAUCUGGCUAAACAUUGUCUGUGCAAAUAGUCAGUGCAGCAUUCUUUAGCUUUCUGGAACCUACUUCCUGUCCCAUGGCAAGAAUAUGGCAUGUCAGUGUAUUUUCUGUUUUCUAACAUGUUUGGUCACACUGUGGUAGUCUUCACCCUCUUCCAUAGGAGGAGUCAUAAUGAGUGGGUUGGAUAAUUGGCUGUGUAAAUCGGGGAGAAAAUGGGAUAAAAAAACAAAAACUAAGGCUUUUGUCUGCAUUUUGGCCUGUCGUCCACAUAAAGAGACAUGAUUGAGUCCUAUAAUAAGAUAUUUCAAAUUAUAAUGAAACUUGUGCAGACAAAUAAAUAUUAUAAAGACAAAUAUAUACUGCUUAGUUUCAAGAUACUUUUGUCACCUUCGUGCAGUUUGUGUGGCACUAAGACAUAUGAAUUAUAAGGUUUCUAUGAUUCUCUUCUUGCACUUAUUUUUUAGAUUUUGCACUCAUGUUUUCAUGAUGAAGAACUGUUUUAUAUGAUAUCACGUCCAUUUUUGUCGUUCUUUUUUUUGCUGAUGCUGAGAUAUAUUUUUUUUUAAACAAGCACUCAUUUUUUGCACUGACAUUUUAACAUUGUGUGUACGUUGAACAUGAAGUGCUUGGGAAUUUCCACACUGGUAUAUGUUAUGUGGUGUUUUCUUGUAAAUGAGGCUGAGCACUGACCAGCUAUCUCAUGGCAAGGAAACGUGAAUUAUUGGAGCGUAGCCUGGGGUAUGACCGGUAAUAUGUCAUAGAAGGCAUUAUCACCCACAGUGGGCAGUGCAGUGAGUGUAGUGUAGUAAUGAUCGAGAACGGCAGUGUCUGGCUGAAACUGUCCAAGCUAACACACAAGUGACUUUUUCUAACAUUCUAACAUGGAGCCAUACACACAUAUGGGGCAUGGUGCUUUCAUGUCUUGUGAGAUGUAGCAUGUCUUUAGAGAUACAUGACAUAACUCAUAUCCCAGUGUUAAUAGGAUAUUACUGAGGUUCCGUGUAAGAACACCACAGCACAGCAGUAAAGAGAGCGGGUACUGUAUGUGGACCAUGAAUCACCACCAAAACCUUUUCUGUCCUCAUGUCUGUUAACAAAUAUAAAUGAAGGAACUGUGCAUGCUGCUUUGGUGAAAAGCCAAAGUUCCCAUGAACCUUGUGUAUUAAGAAAAAGCACAGCAGUACAGCAAAAUUGGACUGGGGUAUAGGUUGCCAAGGUUAAAGAACAUCUUAAAUUUUGAGGAAGUGGAAAGUUUUGCUAUCAAGCCAAAGUAUAUGGCUGAGUGUUGUUUUCAGAGCUGCUUCAACACUUCCAGUUAUUCUAUUGUACAUGUGGGACAGUCUGUAGUGGAGUUAAUUCCGACCCUGCAUUGUGAUUGGUGUUCUAUGAGCCAUUAUCAACCAGUAAUGCACUGUAACCAAAACUCUCCAUGUAUCAACCUAGCAACGUUACAAAAGAUCGGACCUUUGGAGGCGUGGACUCCACAAUGGGGGUGUAAGAAAAAAUCAAUAUUGUACUGUAUUAAUUUUAUUAUCAGUUAAAAAUGCAGUACUGAGCUUAUAAUUAUUAGUUUACAUGUUAGGAUCUGUGACAGAUAAGUAAUCACUGCUUUAGAUCUGGGUCAUGCUGCUUGCCAUCAGCAGCAGAGAGAGCACAAUUGGCCUAUAUGUUGUGAGAUAAAGAGAUGGCUCAUACCAUUAAGCCUUAAUUGCCCACUGACCCUUUGUUGGUUUCCGACCCAAUUUGAGACUGACCACCACUGAAUACUGGGAACACCUCACAAGACCCGUCUGAUGUUUUGGACAACCGUUCUGACACAGUUGUCAAGCCAUCUCAAUAUCCAAUCCCUUCAUAGUUGCCACUGCAGGUUUUUACUUCACUUGAAGUGAAAGUGGUUGAAGUGGUAUUAAUAAUAUGGCUGGUCGGUGCAUUUUUUUAAUUCAAUACUCAAUACUUCAAUACUUUAAUAAUUUAUUCUGGAACAACACUUUUAUCUUCAUUCUUAUGUUUUAUGCAGUAUUAUUUUCAUUUUAUUCCCAAAAUUGUACAUUUUACAUUAUCUGCCUUUAUUUUGUUUUUUUGUCUUUGUAAAAACCUACAUGUUUGAUCAGGCCUUUAGCUCAGCUUAAAACACUGCAGCUCCGCCCACUUUUAUUCUGAAACGGCACUUUUAUAUCAUGUUUUAUUCAUGCUUUAUUCUUUUUUUUAAUGAUUUUUAAUUCCUUGUUGUUCUUUUACAUGUUUUUAAUUUUACUUCUCUUUGUUUUAAUCAUGUUUGAAUCAAUCAUGCUUUAUUCUUAUUUAAGUUUUUAUUUCAAUUUUUACUGUUAUUCUUUUACAUGUUUUUUUAAUUUGACUUCUCUGUGUAUUUUCUAAUUUGUAAAGCACUUUGAAUGACCGUUGUGUAUGAAAGGUGCUAUAUAAAUAAACUUUCCUUGCCUUGCCUUUGUAUAUUCACCUUUUAUGAAAUUGUGUAAAUGUGCAUCAACGGUGCCCUACAAGAUUUUAUAUUUAUAUUUUAACAGUUGAUCAUCUAUUUAAACAACUAUUGCUUACUGUUUUCUUUACUCUAAUUAUUCUUUUUUAAGUGCAGUCAUGGCUGAUAAGUGAUUUAGUUAGUAUAAUUCUGAUACAUUUCAAGAAUGCUAAGUGAAAACCACAAUCUUAAAACCAUGUUAUCAAAACCAUUUUUACAAAAUGGUUUACUGAUAUGUUAUACAUAGCUUUGUGCUUUUAAUUCACAUAAUGUACUACUUUGUCAAAUUUCAUGUCCCCAUAAUUUCUGACUGGAUCUUUCUAUUAAAUUGUAAGAUCUACUUAAUGAUGUAUUUGUAAUAUUAAAGAAAAUUCUAUUUUUGAA